AUGCCUGUUGCCAUUUUUGCAUAUGCGCAUGCCGAGUCUUCCGAAGAGACUGCAGCCGUAGGUAAGGCUCCCUUGUCUGCCAAAUAUGAAGCCGUCACAGGUUUGGGUGCCAUCCGAAUUGGACUUGACUAUGGCCUUCGCUGUCCAAAGACCAAGCUUCCUGUGUUGAAGGCAACUGGAAUUGUUGAACUCAAACGUGAAGAUGCCAAUGGAAAGGUUCGAGAAAUCACCAAGAAUGUUUUGACUUGCGUCGACCUUGCCACAGAUUUUGCACAGCAGAUCAUUGUAGAGCCUGGCGAUCUGGCCGAUGUUCAUGAGCAGCACAAUCCUGUCUCACAAUCCCAGAUCCUUGCUGAUCCCUCAUUUGAAGCUCGGGUCAAACUGCGUGAUGAAGCCGCACGUGCGUUGGUUUGGGUUUCAUGGAACGGGGCUUUGUACCGUUGCUCACCAGAAGGUCUCCGUCCUUUGCCAGAAGAUGAGGUUCAAUUCCGAGAACUGUCGCAAAAGCUGUCAGCUGGGUGUCUGCACGACGAUGUCGAGAGAGCUGAAGAGACUCUUGAUAAGCGUUGGGGCCAGUAUGUAGACCUAGUGCCUGACCUUCCCACUGCCGAUGACAUGGAGUUGUCUCAAGAUGUUGAACAAGAACCUGAUUACGUAAACCCUGCUCCUGAAACUGAAGGUGGUCCUAGAAAGGUCCGUAGAAGGUUUUACCGUAGUCAGCAGUACUGGGAAGAUCGUGCAGCCGGUCGCAUUGGACCUCAUGGUGCGUUGCAUGAAGGCGAACUGCCUACCCUCAUCAACUUGGAGGGCGGUGUGGCAAACCAAAGUGAUGAAUCUCCUGCCAAACACCGUAGGAUUUCCAUAGAAGAUUUAGAGCCCCCUGUGCCUGAACUUAGUUUGGAAAGUCCUGGUUCAUAUACCCCUUCAAUAAUGGAUGAUGUAGUUCAGCCCAUGUCUCCUAAUGCACUUAGCCCUGACACGCCUGCCGAACUCCAGCCUGAUGCAGCCGCAGAACAGCUUUCCGAUUCUGCUGAGGGUGAAAAUACAGCCAUGUCCGAUGGAAAUGCGGGUUUGUCCGUACCUGAAUUGCCUGAUGUUGUCAUGUCGCCUGAAGAAGUCAACCGUCCAGUUGAAGUUCCUGUCCCAAAUGAUGAUGAUGAACUUGCAGUCCAACACCAAUCAACUGAGUGUCCAAAACAUGUUCAAGAGGUGUUUGAAAUGUCGGUUGAUAUAGUGCCUGAUGACAUCACAGACAAUCCACUGUGUCUGUGGAGUGUUCUAGAAGAUUGCUUCACGGUCAAUGUGCCCAAAGCAAAGCAGCGCCGUGUUGAAGUGUCUUUCAGAAAGCUCACCCAAGGUGGUGGAACCCCUGAAAUGGAUAAGACCCUGGAAGCACUCAAGAAAAAGCUGCCAUUUGGGGACUAUAGGACUUACACCAUCCGAUACACGGGAGCAGAAAUCCGCCAAAACCCUCAAACUAUGGAGAUUGAAGUAGGUGUCAGCCCCAAAGCCUUCAGAUCCCAAACUCCAAAAGAUCCAGUAGCUUCCAGCAGCCAUGACGAUGGGCCGCUCAACCAGCAGGAGAUUUCUCUUAUGUCUGGAUUGCUGCACCGAGCCAUCAAGUUCAAGCAGACGAGCUUGGUCUUAGCCGCCUACCAGAUGUCGAAUGCUCCAAAGUCCAACUAUGUGCUCCACCGUGCCUUGCUGCAACAGUGUGAGGAGAUGACAGGUGAGGACCAAGGAAGUGUGGCAGGUAGCAUGACCGAUGCUACAAAGCGUCUUCGCGAAGUCGAAGAGGCCGAAGAUGAUGGUACGUCAAGCUGGAAUGUCUUCCACUAUGGGGACAACUACCCGCACUCUGGCAAUCAGCCAGCACCGUCCUAUGUGGGCAGCCAGGAAUACACAGUUCCAACGCCCUACAUGCAGACCCAGACCAUGCCGCAGAUGCCGACCAUCAAUGGCAAGAUUCCUUUGCCGAAGGGAUUGGGUGAGAUCGCAUGGGGAAAGAGUCUCUGCAAGUUGGACCAGGUGAAAGAAUGGUCGCCGAAUGGCCGCUCCUAUGUGGGAUUGAUGGAGGAUGCCAAGAAGUCUUCCGAGAUUUGCACCUACCUCAAAUGGAUCAAAAAGACAUUUGGAACUGGUGGUACAGGUAUCAUCAAGAAGAAGAUCACUCCUGCAGUUGACCUUGCGCUCUACCUUGAGCGAAUGGGUUGGAUGGAAGAAGAGCCGGAUGCACCAUUUGUGCGUGAGUUCGUGGAUUGA